AAACGGAUGGGCUUACUGAAAAAGAAUUAUGAAUGAUUUGGACCUAUCUUUAGGUUCAGCGAAGAAUACAUAAAAUAAAAUUAAGCCCAAUAAUUUCAUCAAGAUAGAAAGAGAAAAAAAAAACACUAAUACCAAAGUAUCGGUGGUUAAUGGUAAUGCAAGGAGGUUCGAUUCAUUUCUCUUGUACACUGAAUUUAAACUCCUUUUAGUAUGAAAUUUUUUAAUUUCAAAGAUUAAUUUCCGGCAUGUGAGAGAUUAUGUGUUUAAUGCCCAGAACUUCUAUAGUUAUAAAAAUAAGCUAAUCAUAUAGAUGUAUCAAAAUCACUUGGUGAUUCCAACUAAUAACCCCAUUAUAAAAUUUUGCAAUAAUACAGUCGAGAAAAAAUAAUUAGUGUUGACUUCCAAAAAAAAUUAAGGUUGACUCGAACAAUUAUUUUUUAGAUUUUUAGUCAAGAACAAUUUUAAAAGAAAGUAGUGGAUGUCAUGUACUAUAUUAGAGUACAUCAGUCAUGUUACUGCGCUCACUAUAUAUGCCACGUCACUAGACUUAUAACCGUUGAUCACCACAUUAACAACUAAUAAAAACAAUACAUGAUUAAUUGGGGCUUUUUGUUAUUUUAUCUAUAAAUCCAGAUAUUUGUAUAUAAUGUACAUGUUGAUGGUCUAGAAGUAUGCGUCCAUAGCUCACAAGUUCAACACAGAGCGCACUUUGUCAAUAUUUAGUUUUAGUUUAAUAAAUCCGAUAUAUCUGUCUUCAACUUUUUUUUGUUGCGAUUUUACUAACUUUUUAUGGCGACAUUUCAUUUUCAUUAGUUUACCAUAUUACAAGUUAUUUUGUGAAUUUUAUCUACAUAUAGCAGCUUUAUGACAAAUUCUAAUUUGGAACAUAAACUCUAAUUUUAGUUUUUUUUUUCUACAACAUAAAACUCUAAUAUUUACAAAGCUUUUCAAUUGGGCCAACUCAAUUUCACAAAUUAAGAGUCGAUUUCUUUUCUUCAACCAUUGCAGGGAAAAUACGUUUUAUAGCGUAGACAGACCGACACAAUUUGUUUACCAUAAUAAUCUUAUAAAUCUUUUUUUUGGUUAAACAAUCUUAUGAAUCUAUGAUCAAUGUUUAAUUGGACAAGUUCUCGGCAAAACGGGCGCAUUUUAAAACAUAAAAAUACUGAAAUAGUGGGACCUAUAUUUCUGCUAAUCUUUCCCGCCAUGCAUAUAUAUGUUCGGGGACACUGGAAGGAAUUACCGCAAAGUGAAUGAUUUCUUGUUUAUUUUUAUUUAAUGAAAAUUAUAAAUUUAUAGUAAAAAUGUGGAAUUCUUUAGAGUAUUUGCAUGUAUGUGUAUACACAUUUCUAUAAUUAUGGAAAACUUAAAGCAAGUUAAUAGAGACUUACUCAUUGAAUUGGGAGUUUCGAGAGGAUAAAAAAAAUAGAGAGAGUUUUGUGGGGGAAAAUUGUUAGAAAGAAUUAAAAAAUAGAAAAAAAGGAUUCGCAGAAAGAGAGAAGUAAACAAAGAAAAAGGAGAGGAAGGAGAGAGAACCCACCACCCUUUGGCCCUGGAGAGACCAAAGAUGGUCGAAGAGAAAAAACUCUGAGAUCAUCAUCAUCAACAUCCUGCAAAAACAAGGGCAAGUUCAACAAGAAAUCAGAAAAUAUAACUCAAUAUUCAUUAAAAUUCUCUUUAUAAAGUCAUUUUCGCUUCCUGGGAUAUAUUUUAGUUGUUGAUUCCUUUUUUUUUGGUAAACGAUUCCCGAGUUUUUUGUUAAGAAGAAGUUUUUUCUGUAAGGUAAAUUUGUUUUCUUCUGAUUGCAUGUUUGAUUUUUUUAUACAUUGUAUCCAAAAGUUCUUCAUUUAUGAGGGAGAAUGAUUUUUUUUUCUUUCUUUUUGGAAUUUUUUGUGGGUUCAUAUUUUCUUCACGUUGCUUCUUCAAGGGGUUGUUCGUAUUCCUUUUUUAAUUGUUUCAAUACUUUUUGUUCAAAUUUUUGAUAUUUCUUUUGUGUUUGUUUCAUGUCGGCUUUUAGGUAUUAAAAGAUUAACAAGAAGAAGAGAAUUUCACGAGUUGUUGACUCUUGAAAAUUCAUUUUUUGAUGAUUAGGGUGUUGUGCAAUAAAUUUUGCAAACAAUGAGAGACCCUUAUUAUUAUUCAAUCAUCAACCUCGUCCUUCUCUUCUUGCUGAGGAUUCUGUAAAGUUUGCAAUUUUUUUAUUUUAUUUCUGUAUUUGUUUAUUAGAAAAAAAAUCUGGAGAUUUUGUAUAGCACUACCUGAAAUGGGUUGUCGAUGGAAUCCUACUGGAUUUCAAUACUCUUGCCUUAUGUUCUUGGUCAUUACCCUUCAAUCUCGUUCCUCAUUAUCCCUCAACUCCGAAGGAUUUCUGUUGUUGAAAUUCCGGGAAAGAGUUGAUUCUGAUCCUCAUGGAACUCUUGCGAAUUGGAAUAUUUCUGAUGAUCAUCUGUGUUCUUGGUUUGGUGUAACGUGUGUCGACAAUAAAAUCCAGAUGCUGAAUCUUAGUGGAUGUUCUUUGGGAGGAACUUUAGCACCUGAGCUAAGCCAAUUGAGUGAACUAACAUCUCUCAUACUGAACAAGAACAAUCUCUUUGGUGAUAUUCCAAAUGAAUUUGUCACGUUCCCGAGAUUGAAGUUGUUGGAUUUACGAGAUAAUAAGUUAAACGGAGCAGUUCCACCUGAGCUAAACAAGAUGUUGUCACCAGAGAACUUGUUGCUUUCUGGUAACAAGUUUGCUGGUUAUAUGAAGAUAAAGUUCCUUAGACUUCAAUCGCUAUAUAAAGUCAACUUGAACAAGCAUCGAGAGCUGUCUUCUGCUUCCAAUGCUGUCUUCGACUGUGUAAAUAGAAAACUUGGAUACUGUGUUUCAAGGAGAAGACUGUUAAGACUAAACAAAGCAAAAGCAUUUGUAUUGCGGAUUAAAGCAACUACAAGACAGUACAUGCUGCUAAGUGAGCCUCAUGGAAAGAAUAAAGUCGUGACUUACAUCCCAAGUUCCAUAGAGAAUGGAUCUAGUAUCUUCAGAAGGCGUGAGUUACUAGAGGGAACAAGUAACUUAGCAGCUAUGCCUGCGCCUGAUGCUCCUAGUCCUUCUCCUCAGAUCAUAACCAACGUGUUUCCUCGAAGCAGCGGGUCUUUUCCUGCGUUGGCUACUGCAAAGAAGAGAAUACCUCCAUUGAUCCCUCCUUCUCUUCCUCCAACAGAUGAGAACAACAACAACAACAACAUAAGCUCUGAUCCCCCGAGGCAAUUUGAAGAAGAAGAAACAAAAGGGUCUAAGGAUGUUUGGUUAUAUGUUCUUAUCGGGGUUGCUGCUUUUGUAGCGGUGUUGAUAGUAAUAGCUGUUAUAUUCUUCUUCCGGAAAAGAGCAGUAAAGACUAUAGGUCCAUGGAAGACUGGUUUAAGUGGACAGUUGCAGAAAGCUUUUGUAACUGGUGUACCAAAGCUAAACCGGUCUGAAUUAGAAACAGCUUGUGAAGAUUUCAGUAACAUCAUUGAAACAUAUGAUGGUUACACUGUCUAUAAAGGAACUUUAUCAAGUGGUGUUGAGAUUGGGGUUGCGUCAACCGCGAUUUUGGAAAGGAGAGACUGGUCAAGAGCCAUGGAAAUGACUUACCGCAGAAAGAUUGAUACAAUGUCCAGAGUCAACCAUAAGAACUUUAUAAAUCUAAUUGGUUACUGUGAAGAAGAUGAACCAUUUAAUAGAAUGAUGGUUUUCGAAUAUGCCCCAAAUGGAACUCUUUUCGAACAUUUGCAUGAUAAGGAGAUGGAGCAUCUUGAUUGGAGCGCGAGGAUGAGGAUAAUUAUGGGAACUGCUUAUUGUCUGCAACAUAUGCACGAGCUUAAUCCGCCAAUGUCACUCUCUAAACUUGCUUCAUCAGCAAUCUACUUAACCGAUGAUUAUGCAGCAAAGGUCGGAGAGGUUCCUUUCGGCUCACAAACUGGACUUAAAUCGAGAAAACCGACAAGUGGUGAUUUAGACAAAUCUUUAUUGCCGUUACCAGCUGAACCAGAGACUAAUGUCUAUAACUUUGGAGUAUUAAUGCUUGAGAUAAUCUCUGGAAAACCCCCAGAUUCAGAUGAGGAAGGAUCAAUUACAAAAUGGGCAUCAAAGUAUCUGGAGAGUGAUAAGUUGAAAGAUAUGAUAGAUCCUACAUUAACAACGUUUAAAGAAGAGGACCUAGAAGUUAUAUGUGACGUGGCACGGCACUGUCUGAGAACUGACCAGAGUCAACGACCAACAAUGAAAGACGUGAUUGAGCAACUGAAAGAAGUAAUCAACAUUUCCCCAGAACAAGCUACACCGAGACUCUCUCCUCUUUGGUGGGCAGAGCUUGAGAUCUUAUCCUCUGAAGCUACUUAACCGGAAGAACCAUUCUCUCUCCUCCUCCUUCUCCUCUCUCUCUCUCUUCGAGUUGUCACAAGUGUCAAGAGGUCCAGGUUCACACGCUCUUUCUCUGUCUCUUUCCCUCUGCUUACAGUAAACAUCGUCGUAUGUAAAAGUUGUUUUCUUUUCUUUUUAAAUUCUUCAUAUUAAAAUUUGUUUCUUGGUUGGUUUUGAUAGUGUAUUUGGAUCCAGAUAAUACAACGAUGCAUGUGUCUGUAUAAUUGUAUUCUACCAUUCAUACCUAUUACAUAUACGUAUUUUAUGGUGAAAUGUUGUUGUAA